UCACAUAUUUAUGAGGAUAAGAAUUGAAUUGGAUUACAGGAAAUGUGAUCUUGGAAUACAAAUACACAAAUCUAUUAAAGUUAAGCCACAAAUUAAAAAUUCCAUUACAACUUGCGAAUUCAGCACCAGAUUUUAUUUAUGAAACAGAAAGGAGAAGUAGGACUAAAUGUAUUAAAAACCUAGAACAUGGUUGAUGUAUAAAAUAGGCAUGAAAAUUCAACAUAGAACUAUGAGAAGGGCACUGAAGAUGCAAGGCUAUAGUUAUCAGGAAGGAAGAACAGGCUGAGUCAUUUCUAUUGCAGCAGUUAUGUAACGGCAGCCUGCAGGGCAGUUAGUGUAGCUGUGUCGCAGAACCAUUGACCUGGCUUCAAUCUUGGCCUCCAGUGCAAUCAUCCAUGUCACAAGGAGAAUGGAGUUUGCACAUUCUCCCUCUUACAUGGGAGUUUCCUUCAGGUAUGCCAGUUUCCUCCCACAUUCCAAAGAUGGACUCAUGAGGUAAAAUGGCUCCUGCAAAGUACUCCUCGUGGAGAUGAGAGGUGAGGAAAUCAGAGGGUGUUAAUGAGCAUGUGUGAGAGAAUAGAUUAAAAGGAAAUAAAUGGUGGAAUGGGACUGAGAGCAUAGACUAGGUAAAUGGCCUAUCAUUAUAUAAGGAAGGAUCCAACAGUGGAUGUUAACAUUGGAAUAGAUUUAACAGAAUAGUCUUAAAGAGUUAUAUUUACUCACUCAGAGGUGAGAUAGUACUAAUCAUAACUACAGAAGAAUUAGUUUGAUUAGAAUGGCAUAGGUAUAUUUUACAGAAGUUUAUGUAAUUAUUAAUGAGAAAAGGAAAUAGAGGAGUCUGUGAAUAGAGUUACAUGAAGAAAGUUGGAUGGAUGCUAGUUACCAACUCAGAUUAAUGAGCAGUAUGACCUGUUGCUGUAAGCUUUAUUGCUGCACACGAUCAGAUUUACACAUGACCUGUUGCUGUAACCAAUUGCUGCACAUGAUCAGAUUUACAAUUAACAUCAGUUAAUGUUUACAAGAUAUUCUUAUUGCCAAGGAGACUUAGAACUUGAGAUGCAAUAAAAAACAGUUUCAAUAUUUAGACCUUUGAUAUACAGGAAGCUGCAACGAGAUUUUUAAAAGAGAAAAGAAGAAGCGUUGCCUGCAUUCAGCCAGCCUUGGAUAUGGCAGCAACUGCAGGAAAACUAAACUUAAAACGUGAAGUUGGAUUAAUUAGUUCUGUGUCUUUAAUUGUAGGAACUAUUAUUGGCUCUGGCAUCUUUAUGUCUCCAGAAUGGGUGUUACGAUAUAUUGGGAGCCCUGGAGCCAGCCUUCUGGUAUGGACAUUCUGUGGAUUACUGUGCAUGGUAGCUGCUCUUUCAUACGUAGAAUUAGGGACUGUCAUAAAGGAAUCUGGUGGAGAAUAUAUAUACAUCUUGAGAAACUUCGGUCCUGUCCCAGCUUUUGUUUUCUCUUGGACUUCUGUGUUUGUAGUCAGACCUGCUUCUAUCGCAGCAAUGUCUUUGAGCCUGGCGCAAUACACUGCAGCUCCAUUUUAUGGGGCAUGUCCACCACCUCCUGCUGUGGUAAAGUGUACAGCUGCUGCCAGCAUUUUAAUUGUCACUGUAGUGAACUGUCUUAAUGUGAAACUGGCAACCGACAUUCAAAAUAUCUUCACAUUUGCCAAACUAGUCUCCUUGCUUGUAAUAGUGGUAGGUGGGAUACUAUUGAUCCUCAAUGGACACACACAGAGUUUUCAGAAUGCUUUUCAAGGAACAAGUGGAAUAAGCUCAAGUGGAAUAAGCUCAAUUGGAAUCGCUUUACAACAUGGCCUCUGGUCCUACGAUGGAUGGAGUAAUUUAAAUAAUUUGACUGAAGAAAUCAAGAGGCCAGAAGUGAAUCUGCCCCGAGCUUUACUGAUUUCCCUUCCACUGGUGACUUUGCUUUACAUUCUGGUAAAUAUUAGCUACCUGGCAGCCAUGAGUCCAGCUGAAAUGAUGUCCUCUGGAGCUGUGGCUGUAACAUGGGGAAACAAAGUCUUGGGCAGUUGGACAUGGAUCAUUCCACUGUCAGUUGUACUUUCCACGUUUGGGUCCAUGAAUGGCACUUUCUUCACUGGUGGUCGAACUUGCUACAUAGCAGCCAGAGAAGGUUCACUGCCAGACAUUCUCUCCAUGGCACAUGUGAAGCGGUUGACACCAUUGCCUGCACUUCUAUUCACAGCAUUCAUUGCUUUGAUAUUAUUAAUCCCAGGCGAUUUUGGAUCCAUUGUCAAAUAUUUCAGUUUUACAGCUUGGUUCUUUUAUAGUCAGGCUUUUGCUGCACUGGUGUACAUGAAAAUUAAGAAGCCACAUCUUCAUCGACCUUUCAAUGUGCCAUUGCCCAUUCCGGUGUUCAUGUUCAUUAUUUCGAUCUGCCUGGUGGUGGCGCCACUCAUAGAAGCUCCUGAGAUGGAAUACUUGUUUGUUGGUUUGUUCAUGCUGAGUGGUUUAUUGAUUUAUUUUCCAUUGAUUCACUUCAAACUAUGCACCUGCUCAAUGGAUCAGAUCACUAUAUUUCUGCAGUUGCUGCUCGAAGUUGGGCCAACACAAUCAAACUUGGAUUAAUAGGUCAAAGAGAAAAAAAAGCUUUUCAUCGUGUCUCGGUACACGUGACAAUAAACUCAACUCAACUCAACUCAAAUAUUGCUGAAGAUGGCAUUAUCCAUUCUGAAUAGAAAGCAAUUACAAAACUCAGUGGGCCAUGCUUCAUCAGGGGAAAGAAUUGCCAAUAUAUUCCAGCACCGUACAUUGCUUAAAUGUUAUUAUUUGGGACUCAUUCACAGUUUGAUUUACUCUGUGAUAUACAGUAAAUAAAGUUAUCACUUCUUCUUCUUUGUCUUCUUGCGUAUGGCGUGCACAGCCUAAAGUUGUAGGACAACUUGUUCUAUUUGAUCUUAUUUGAUUGUGCACACCAGGUUGAUUGCAUUCGUCGAAACAGGGCGGACCACGUGAAAGUUCCAAUCUCCCACCCAUGUUAUCACUGAUGCCUUAGAAACAUUAUAACCAUAUAAUAUAAUAACCAUAUAACAAUUACAGCACGGAAACAGGCCAUCUCGACCCUUCUAGUCCGUGCCGAACACAUAAUCUCCCCUAGUCCCAUAUACCUGCGCUCAGACCAUAACCCUCAAUUCCCUUCCCAUCCAUAUAACUAUCCAAUUUAUUUUUAAAUGAUAAAAACGAACCUGCCUCCACCACCUUCACUGGAAGCUCAUUCCACACAGCUACCACUCUCUGAGUAAAGAAGUUCCCCCUCAUGUUACCCCUAAACAUCAGUCCCUUAAUUCUCAUGUCAUGUCCCCUUGUUUGAAUCUUCCCUACUCUCAGUGGGAAAAGCUUUUCCACGUCAACUCUGUGACUAUGUUUAUAGCUUUAAUGACUACCAGCACACAACCAGGUUAUUAUAAGUUUAUCAUUCAUUCUCAGGCUAUUCUUGAACAUUAGCCAUGGAAAAAAUACCUAUUAUUUCUUCUACUGGAGCAGACAAAAAGUGUAGGAAGGAACUGCAGAUGCUGGUUUAUACCAGAUAGACACAAAAAGCUGGAGUAACUCAGUGGGUCAGGCAGCAUCUCUGGAGAAAAGAACUAAGUGACGUUUCGGUUUGAGACCCUUCUUCAGAUUGAAGAAUCAUUGUGACCCGAAACGUCACCGAU